AUGAAUGGGGCAACGCCUAAUUUGAGUAUGACGGACGAAGGUACCGCGCUGUUCUUUGGUGCCCAGAUUCUUCACGGCAGCUUCGGUCUUAUCGCGCUCUCCAGCGCUGCCAACGCCGACUUUUCUGCGCAUCGAACGGCGGCGGAGGGACUCCGCUUCCGUUCGGCGAACUGGGUGAUGCUCCUGCGCGGCACCUCUGUCUUGCCCGUCGGCGCGAGGAAGAAUCGCAGCCUGGAGGUGAAGAGGCCGUCGCCGUAA